GCCAAUUUGACAGCGCGCCAUUUUUCAAUUUUGACAUUUGAUUUUUAUUUUUUUAGUUUUUAGUUUUUUUUUUCGGUGUUAAAAUGCAGAACGCGUUGCCGAUCGCCUGUUUUCUGUCUGUUAUACGCCCACCAGGUGUGCAGUUUGAGAAUGCCUUACUCCAGAUCACACCCGUCAACAAGGAUAAAUGCCCUUAUGUGAGAGAGAAGAAUGAUGUCGGCUUUCAACUUUAUACACGGCACAACCCGAACGAGCCACAGUUCCUGGGCAUCGACGACGACGAGAGCCUCUUCGCGUCCAACAUCGACUUCCAAGAUGAAACGGUUAUAUACUUCCACGCGUUCAUGGAGACACCGAUGGAUGGCAGCGCGUUGUUUGUUAGAGAAGCCCUAAUCCACCGUGGCGACACCAACGUAAUCAUGGUGGACGCCCAGCGUCUCGAAGCCGGUCCCUGGUACUUCACGGCGGCUGCCAACACAUGGUAUAUUGGCCGUAUUGGCGGACAGUUUAUUGACUAUUUGGUUUCGAGAGGUCUAAAACUGAAUCAAACUCAUCUAGUGGGCCACAGUCUCGGAGCACAUUGUGCCGGUGUAGCUGGACAUAGCUUAAAAUCAGGUCGCGUGUCACGCAUUACCGGUCUGGACCCAGCGAAGCCUCUGUUCGACAAGAUACCGCUCGACCAGAGACUCGACCCUAGCGAUGGCGAAUUCGUCGAUGUGAUACACACGGACGCGGGCAUUUUUGGUUACAAUCGUAACAUUGGUCACGUAGACUUUUACCCCAAUGGCGGAGUGAGUCCGCAGCCGGGCUGCGAGCUGGAGGUCGUCGUGCCGCAACAGGAGUUGUUAAAUAAAUGUGAAGGAAACGAAGAAUCUACACAUCCAACUCAGUCGCACACUCGAAACCCAAUACAUACAAACAUACAAUCCAACUUCAGAACCAUACAGGAGAUAACAAAACACAAAAACACGAAGACAUCAUCAAACAUCAAGAGAAUAUUCCAGAAACAAUAUCGAAAGAAACGAUCAAUACCAUUUUUUAACCAAUCAGAGAACGGAAAUUUCUUAUCAAAAUUAUUUGGACGUUCCAUAAAUCCAAUUCUAUCUACAAUGCGACAAAUAUCCACUAGUAACGAUAUAUUUAAUAAGAUUAGAGAAAAACACAGUUAUAUGGCAACACUGCCGGGUUACCAGUUGAAAAAAUUCAAUUUGGAAUUUGGUAAAACCCCCAACAUUUUUAUGAAACUUUUGGGUCUUGAAGGGGACAUUUUAAAGAUCGCCAGCGAGAAGUAAUGGCAAGAGGGACAUAUUUCUUAGUGACGCAUCGGCAAUCACCCUUCUCAAUAGAAUGAUAGAUUAGC